GGGCGCCCUUGGUGGCACCUGCUCUUAGCUCCUUGGAUCACUCGGAAAACUGGGUCCGCUGUACGCGCGGUUCAGGCGAUAGUAGGAGCGUACCUGCUUACCGCGCAUGGCCCCGGGACCGAGCCGGCCGCCCCCACCCUCGGCGAGCCGCGGCUCCGGCCUCCGCCAGCGCCGUCUCCUUUCAGAUCCCGCAGCCGCAGGGAAUGACGCAGGCGCUCCCACAGCCCCGGCCCUGGGCGGGAAGGGCGAGCCCUACAGCCGGCCCCGCGACGCUCGCCUGGGCAGCACCGAUAAGGAGCUGAAGGCAGGAGCCGCUGCCACCGGCAGCUCCCCGACAGCGCUGGGGAUCCCCUGGCAGAGGGAGCCGGGGGUCGAGGUUAUGGACCCAGCAGGCGGCCCCCAGUGUCCCCGGGUCCUGCUCCCGCGUCCCUGCCGGGUGCUGGUGCUGCUGAACCCCCGCGGCGGCAAGGGCAAGGCCCUGCAGCUCUUCCGGAGCCACGUGCAGCCCCUGCUGGUGGAGGCCGAAGUGUCCUUCACGCUGCUGCUUACCGAAUGGCGGAACCACGCGCGGGAGCUGGUGCGCCACGAGGAGCUGGGCCGCUGGGACGCACUGGUGGUCAUGUCCGGGGACGGUCUGAUGCAUGAGGUGGUGAACGGGCUCAUGGAAAGGCCUGACUGGGAGACCGCCAUCCGGAUGCCUUUGUGCAGCCUCCCUGCCGGCUCUGCCAACGCGCUGGCAGCCUCAGUGAACCAUUAUUCAGGGUACCAGCAGGUGACUAAUGAGGAGCUCCUGAUCAACUGUACGCUGCUGCUGUGCCGCCGGCUGCUGUCACCCAUGAACCUGCUGUCCCUGCACACGGCCUCGGGGCUACACCUCUUCUCUGUGCUCAGCCUGGCCUGGGGAUUUGUUGCUGACGUGGACCUGGAGAGUGAGAAGUACCGGCGCCUGGGUGAGAUUCGAUUCACCUUCGGCACCUUUCUCCGCCUCAUCUCUCUACGCACCUACCAGGGCCGGCUGGCCUACCUGCCCGUUGGAGGGGCUGCCUCUAGGAUGCCCACCUCCCCUGCCCUGGGCCAGGGGGGCCCUGCAAACACGCUCCUUGUACCUCUGGACCAGCCGGUGCCCGAUCACUGGACUGUGGUGCCCGAGGAGGACUUUGUGCUGGUGCUGGCGCUCCUGCACUCACACCUGGGCAGCAACAUGUUCAUAGCCCCCAUGGGCCGCUGUGCGGCCGGCGUCAUGCACCUGUUCUAUGUGCGAGCCGGUGUGUCCCGGACCAUGCUGCUGCGUCUCUUCCUGGCCAUGGAGAAGGGCAGACACAUGGAAUAUGACUGCCCCCACCUGGUGUAUGUGCCGGUGGUCGCCUUCCGCCUGGAGCCCAAGGACCGGAGGGGCAUGUUUGCCGUGGAUGGGGAGCUGAUGGUCAGUGAGCCAGUGCAGGGUCAGGUGCAUCCAGACUGCUGCUGGAUGGUCAGUGGCUGCGUGGAGCCCUCGUCCAGCCAGGGGCCUCGGCAGAUGCCACCUCAGCCCCUGUGACUCCAUGGGUCUUGUUGUGCCUUAUAGUCAAAGUCUACUCCAAGGUCAACCAGGAGACCAGAACCCUGUCUCCCUCCCGGGGACUGGAGGGCCUGGCUGUAGCUCACAUGGGGAGGAGGAGGAGGGAUCCUCAGAGGGCUGGGAGGUGGAGGCCCUACUUGGAAAGGACAGGCUGUACCCAUGAAGGCCAGAAUGAAGCUGGGCCUGGAGUCCAGCUGGUUGGGCCCAGCUGUGGCGGAAGCUGCUCCAUCUUGUUGGGGAGCCCCACCCCAUGAAUCAAAUUCAAUAAAGUGACAUUCCCA